GGACCCUAGUUUGGGGCCGGCAAAUAUUUUUUUUUUAUGGGUGAUAUUCAUUCCCGCCCUGUCGUUGACAUUUUUCUUUUCUUUACAUAUAUAUAUUUUUUUUAAAAAAACAUGUCCUUCAUUUUACGUCCCUUCGGAAAGAACUUGUUGUCUUGUUCUAGCCAAGUGCUCAAGAGACACGCUCAUAAGAAGGCCAAUAUUCAAGUCAAGUUGAACCAGUUUGUUGAAGGUGUUGGACUUGAAAAUGAGGUUGUUGCUGUCAGACCUGGAUUAAUGCGUAAUAUCUUGUACCCUGCCGGUAAAGCCACUUAUAUCGACAAGAAGGCUGUGAUUGAAGGGGAUGAGGAGGAUAAGAGUAUGGAGGAAGCCAGUUCAGCCGCACAAUUGUUGAAGGAGGCAGUAGAUAUGGAAAAGAAAAAGGUGUUGAUGGGACAUUUAGAAGGAGUCCGUGAACUGUUGUUUAACAGAGCAGUUGUGCCGAACAGUGAUCAUACUUUCGGAUCAGUGACGGCUGAAGAUUUGAUCAGUAAAUUAAAGGAGGAAUUCGGUUUAGAUGUAGACAAAUCUACCAUCGAAUUCAAGUCCGAGGGUGGUCGUAUCAAAUCCUUGGGCCAACAUCAAGUGUCUGUUCAAAUUGGUCAAGAAACUGCCGAAAUUAACGUGGUUGUCAACCCAGUAUAAUUCUUUUUUUUAUUUUUUUUUUUUAUUUUUAUUUUUUACUGUUCUUACUUUUUUACUCCUUUAUUUCAACUCUUGUCAUAAAUAUAAAGAAAAAAAAAAAAAAAACUCCUUUUUAUAUCUAUGCAUGUACAUAUAAAAAUCCAGCACACAACUAUUUUUCUUUUUUUAAUUUAAUU